AUGUUUGAUAACAAGAUUAUUCUUCCAGAUGGUUAUGCACUAAAUCAGAUAAUUGAUAGAACAGUAAUAAGAUUUGACCAAGAUAUGAUAUGUUGCCAGUCUAUGGUUAGAGAAAAUCUCUUUAUGUGCUUGGAAUGCGGACAAAUUUUUGCAGGAGGAACAGUUGGAUCUCCUCUUUUACUUCAUUAUGGAAGAGCAGCACAUACAAUUGCACUAAAUCUUAAAACAAAUAAGGUAGUUAUGCUUCCAAAUUACCAAGAAUUAUCCGACUAUAAGGAAAUCAGCGAUAUUCAAUUUGCAUCACGACCCACUUACACAGACAAAGUAAUUAAUCUAAUUUUACAAAAGCAAAAAGAAGGAAUUAAAAUCAACAAUAAAUUAUUUUAUCCAGGACAACUUUUAUUCGACUUACGAUCCAAACAAUCAUCUCAACUCUCAGUAAUUCGUUUUAUUUCUCGUAUUACACCACUUCGAGAUUUUUUACUUUUAAAUCCUCAAUCUACGCCACUUGCAAAUGAAUUAUCACGAUAUUUUAAGCAAGCUUUCAACCCAUACGGCUUCAGAGAUCACAUUUCUCCCUUCACUUUGCUUAGAUCCAUUCAAACUCUCAGUAAUGAUAAAUACAAUGUCCAAAAUGAAGUGAAUCCUGUAGAAUACUUUACAUUUAUACUCCAACUAUUGAACCAAGAAAUACCAGGAAAGAUUGUUUCGAAAUUAAUUUGCGGAAAAUUAAAUUUCGUUGAAGAUAACAAUGGCGAUUGCAACUACACGUCCAAAAUCAUAAAUUACUGGAGUAUUCCAUUAGAACCAUACGAAUGUCCACUUUAUCGCAAUGGAUUAGAAAAAGAAAAAAUUAUUCCACAAGCAACAUUGGAAUCAUUAUUAGAACGCUACAACGGAACACAGAUAACUGUUAAAUCAAUAGGAAACAGACAAAUUGUUCAAAGAAAGAUGUCAAUUCACAAAUCUUCUGAAUUUCUCUGGAUAAACGUAAACAGAAUCAGACCUGCAUCAUUUGGCCUCGAAAAGCUCAAUCUACACAUUGUACACUCUGAUGAUGGAUCAAUAGAUCUGUCAAAAUACGGUGUUAAUGCAAAAUAUGACUUAGUUUCAGUGAUUUCUCACGAAGGAGAUGUAAAUUCCGGUGUUUACGUCAAUUACUGUAAAAAUGAAGCUGGAGUUUGGCUGAAAUGUGGAAACUCUGAUGUAACUAACUCUAUGUUCCAAGUUGCAGCUACUUCUCAAUGCUGCCACUUACUUUAUCAAAGAAGAAAAUAA